UGGAGACUUAACAGAGCUCUAUGGUGCAGAAGAAGGAUGGGUCAUGGAUUUCUGCAGUGGAUCUGGUGAGCUAUUCGGCAUAUUCUUUCCUGUAAACAUUUUUUUUUUCUAAAUUCAGCUUUCAGCAUCCUCGACCAAUCAGUUUCUAUUAUAAGUCAUUUGUAACAGUUGCUGCCAAAAAACCCAACAAUCUCGUCACCCGUUUUUACUGUCAAUAAAUUUAAAUAAGAAGAAUGUCAUGAUACGAUUGUUAUUUGUAAUCAGAAAUCGAAAUUGGUUUCUUUUCGCAUUAGACUGCUACCAGUCCCUCAGGAUUGUGACGCUGGCGAGAACCCGCAAACACGCGAGGGAGAAGAUGUUUACGCACAAAAAUGUUCGCCAGAACCAAUUUCCAUUUCUGAUUACAAAUAACACUCGUAUCAUCCGCAGCUGACAAAAAAAUAUUUGUUAUGUCAUUUCCCGGUUCUGCCGCCCUUGCAAGCUUAAAGAAAGGGAAGCACUGCUUAGUGUUUGAUAAGAAUGAGGAGAAGUUGCAUGCAAUUCGUGGAAAUUUAGAGGAGGACUUUGCUUUUAAUGAAAAGCCAGAGAGUAGUGAUUAAUUUUUUUGAAUGGUUGAACGUUACUGAAAACACGCUUACAUCCGAUGCUUGCUUUUGUAUUUAAAAAAAUUUCAAUUUUUUUUGCUGUAAUCAGGAAUUCUUUGUACUGUUCAUUGAGGAUAUAUAUCAAUUCAUAUUGGACUUAAUUUUGAGUGCUGUAUCUAUUUAGGACUUAAAAAUUACUCAUUUAUCUAACAGACGGAAAUUAAUUUGUACAUGUACGAUUUUAAUUUGGGGGACGCGCUAGAGUCUGUUAGACAAAUUUUGUGAUCCUAAUAUUUAAAAGGUAAUCUAGAACAUUCUGUAUAUAAAAACUGUUUCGAAAAUUUCUCAAGCAACACUUUGUGACCGUUUUUAGGAGAAAUCUGGAACAACCCGAGGUUUAAAAGAAAGUGUUUCGGAAAUUUCUGAAGCAACGGUGACCGUGUUUUAAACAAAUCAAGCCAGAGAAGGUAGUUUGUUGAUAUUCUGGAUAGAAAAGAAUGCUUUUUAAACAGAAAAGUGAAGUUUUAAAAAGGUCCAAAAAAUCGAAAUUUUUAUCUUGUGUGAGCCAGAAAAGAUGUUCUGUUAAUAUUCUGGAUAGAACAGAACGCUUUUUAGACCAUAAAAGUGAAAUUGAAAUUUUAGACCAUAAAAGUGAAAUCUUCCUUGAAGGGUUUUUGUCAAAAAUGGAAAUUUUUGUUUUGUGUUUUGGCAAAUCAAGCCAGAAAAGAUAGUUCAUUGGCAUUCUGGAUAAAAAAGAAUGCUUUUUAGACCAGAAAAGUGAAGUUGUAAAAAAGUCAGGAAAAUCGAAAUCUUUUUAAAGGGUUAGUCCAUGGUUUUUGUCAAAAAAAUUGAAAUUUUUAUCUUGUGUGUUUUUUCGGCAAAUGAAGCCAGAUAAAGAUGGUGUGUUAAUAUUCUGGAUAGAACAGAGUUCUUCUUACACCAUAAAAGUGAAAUUGUAAAAAAGACACAAAAAUUGAAAUUGUCCAAAGGGUUUUGUCAAAAAUAGAACUUUUUGUUUUGUGUGUUUUUGGGGGCAAAUCAAGCCAGAAAAGAUAGUUUGUUGAUAUUCUGGAUAGAAAAGAAUCCUUUUUUAACCAGAAAAAUUGAAGUUUCAAAGACUUAGCUUUUAAUACAUGAAUGGCUCUGAGCUGUUUUGAAGUUAGCCGCUAACCAGUUCACAUCUGAUUCAUGCUGUUUAAAAACCAUUUACCUUUGUCCUCAUUUCAUCUUUUUGUCUGACACAUUUACCUUCAUUACCCGUCAUCUAUCUCAUAAGCCUUCAUUUACCUAGCCUGAGAUCAUGCCCUCUCCAUAUUAUCCCUUUAUGUCUCUCACGGGAAGAGAGCAUGAUACAUUUCUUUGUCGGAUCACAUGUACAAAAGCCAGAAUCUGGACUUUUUUCUGAUUGGAUAGGAAACAAUAUGGAUGAUUUGCGCUGUUCCGAUUGGCCAAAAUGCCGACAUCCGUUAGUUGUUGUUGAUUUCAGUCUGCAUUUUUGCUUGCGAAAUGACCAGUGAAUUCACACACGAGUUCGUUUUGAAAUUUCUGCUGGCUCAGUUUUCUUGAAUUUGAACAAUGCCUAAAUAGAAAUUUCAUCCAUUGAAAUAUUUUCCAUCUCAUCGUAUACUAAAAAGAUUCACCGAUCAUUUGAAUGCAAUUUGAUACCGGCUACAAGUUACAGAGGCGACAAACGGGUGCACUUUUUAAAUAAUCAAUUCAUGAAUGGAAUCUUGACGGAACUUGACUGUAAUUCCUCCUUCAGAAACCUGCAAAUUAUUCUGAGCGAUCUUCGCUUUCACAACACCUUUUAGUUCGUGAAAUAUGGUGCUUCAGCCUAAUUUUUUUUUCACUGCUUUCGGCACAGAACGAAGUCAACGAGCUUUUGCCAGUAAAUUCUUUAUUAUUUGUAGCUGUUAAAUAAAGGUACGGCAGCUCCAGCAAGCAGUAUUUCAUCAGAAAAACAACACAAUUAAAACUUUUAUCUUAGGAAGCGCCAUCUGAACAUGGACGUACUUAAAAAUUUUUUGAUUUCAAAAGAGACAUUAUUGGCGCCAAAAUUUGAUUCCCGUCUUGUAAACGCUGAUUGGCUAAUAACAUGACAGGUCAAGCAGACGUUUAUGUAAAUUAGGGGGCGGUUGACGGCUUGUUAAAUAAAUGUAUCAGGCGUUAUUUUUUCUCCCUCGAGCCAAAGAAGCAAAGAAGCAAAAAAUAAAAAUAACAACACCUGAUCUCAGGUUAUCAUUUACCUUCAUGCACCAUCAUCUACCUUCAUUAGCCUUUAUUUACCUUCACGCACUGUCAUCUGCCUCCAUUAGCCCACAUUAACGUUCAUGCUCCGUCAUCUACCUCCAUUAGUCUUCAUUAACCUUCAUGCACCGUCAUCUACCUCCAUUAGCCUUCAUUAACUUUCAUACACCGUAAUCUACGUUCAUUAGCCUUCAUUAACCUUCAUGCACUGUCAUCUACCCCCAUUAGCCUUCAUUAACCUUCAUGCAUCAUCAUCUAACUCCAUUAGCCUUCAUUAACCUUCAUGCACUGUCAUCUACCCAUUAGCCUUCAUUAACCUUUAUUCACCGUCAUCUACCUUCAUUAGCCUUCAUUAACCUGUAUUCACCAUCAUCUACCUCAGCUUACCUCCAUUAGCCUUCAUGAUUUGCCUUCAUCCACCGUCAUCUACCUCCAUUAGCCUACAUCAACCAUUGUACACCAUCAUGACCUUCCCGUCAUUAGCCUUAAUUUACCUUCAUGCACUGUCAUCUACCUCCAUUAGCCUUCAUACACCGUUAUCUACCUUUAUUAGCCUUCAUUUACCUUCAUGCACUGUCAUCUACCUCCAUUAGCCUUCAUUUUGGUUUACAAAAACAGGCAUCGUGUGGUUGGCUGCUAAUUUAUACAAAUUACUACCCGCUACAGUGUAUAUAACUUGGCUGGAAAAUCUAAUUCGACAUUUUCCAGCAAAGGCAAUUGCUUCGAUGGAAUUAUUAAUAGAUAACUGACACAUUACAGACCAUAAACAAGGCAAUCAAUGUGAGAAACAUUUCAGAGCCAAAGUCAAAUCACACACAAGUCACACUUCGUUUAGGUCUUAUCCACCAUGUCGUCGCAUUCAAAUCCCUUCCCUCAUCUUCAGUGCAUAUCUACAAAGUUUCCUUUCACACUGACACCCUGCCCUGAUCGGCAGAAACAUAUUUUUCCUUACUGUGCAUGAAAAUGGUACUCUGUGGGAUUCUCUUUACAUGUUCAACACAAUCUUCAAGGUAAUGUAUCAUCACGCAAUGUGUUGUGUCACAAGCGCAGCACCUAUAAUUCUUCUUUCCGCUACACAAAUAUUAGAAUCUUCAUGAAUUUGUGUAAGUUUCAUUACGCAUAAAAUCAGAAAUACAGUGUAUGCAAUCCUAUGAAGAUUUAGAAAGAAAGUGUCAUUUGAUCUGUUCGGUUAGACAGCUUGCUGAUCAAAAACUUUCAAAGCCAACUUGUCUUCCUGAGUUUGUACGAAUGUCUUGUUCCUAAAGAAAACAAGUCAACAAGGCGAAAUUAAAUUGCCACCGGAGUCAACGAAACUGAAGUCUGAGUCAGAUUUUUGGAGGCACUUUCGUGUUUCGUGUCAUGCAAGGUGAGAGACUAAGUCGGAGACGCUUGUUUAGUCGCACAUAUUUAGAUUUUUUUGUUCUAACUUUGUGGGAUUAUUUGACGCAGGAGGCCGUCACACAAAGCAGUUUACGCUCGUCAUCGCCCCUUCGUAUACCUUCUGUUCAUGUUCUGUUGGCAAUGGUACCCCUUUCACAUGCCUAGUUUAGAACUUUGCAUCCCUCUUAACUGUUGUAAAUGCACUGUCUUUAAAAUACGAAUAAAUCACAAAACCAGACCGUUUACUCAGCUCUUUUCACAGGCAUGUAAUGCAUCUGUAAGCCCUUUUUGGGUUUUUUUACCAACCGAAACGACAGUUUUCCCUAUCCUUUCAUAUACUUUAACAAGUGAAAACCCAACCCUCUCUUGUACUUAAAGCCUGAAAAUGGGACCCCUUUCGGGUGGAGCUUCUCCGUAUAGGCCAUUUUAGGGAGUACCCCCCGGAAUUCAAGUCGGCUUUGAAUUUUUUAUCAACAAUAUGUCCAAUUCAAACAGGUUGAAUAGCACUUUCAGAAGGGUCUAAGUCUAAAUAAAAUGGGGCUCACUGUUUUUCUGGCAUUGUACUUAAUAACACUUUCAUGAAUUCUUGAAGAUUUUAAUAUUCGCACAGUAGAGGGAAAAAGUACUGUAUUAUAGAAUAAUGGUGUCAACCCGGUAGCGCUUAGGACGUGACACAUUGCGUGACUAAGAUAAGUUACCUUGAAAAGUCUGCUGGAAAAUUGCAAGACAAUCCAACAGAACACCAUUUUCUACAUUUUCUUCCGCGGUGAAGAAAAUUUCGUCUUUCUAUAAGCAGCUGCAGUAAAUUGGCCGGGUCUCUAAGUGAAGGAAACUGAGAGGUGUGCAUUGAAGAUGGGAAGAUGAGAGAGGGAGUUUCAACUCAACGACAUGCAUGGAUGAGAUCUAUCCGUGACUUGUGAGUGAUUUGACUGUGGCUCUGAAAUGUUUCUCGCUUUGAUUGCUUUGUUAAUGGUCUGUAAUGUGUCAGUUAUCUAUUAAUAAUCCCAUCGAAGCGAUUUACUGUGCAGGAAAAAGUCGAAUUAGAUUUCCCUGCCAAGUUACAUCGCGGGUAGUAAUUUGCAUAAAUUAACCGCCAACCACACGAUGCCUGUUUUUGUAAACCAAAAAUCGUUAAUCUGCUCGAUAACUGACAGUAAAACGUAAAGGAAUGCAAUCUAAAGGAACCAUGCAACGUUCUUGCUUAACAUCGCCCCAAUGACAUUAUUUGAAAGAAAGAUAGCGGCGAACAAAAGUUGCGAAGAUGUACAAUUUUGUCUCAGGUAUACAUUUUUAUUUGAUUGGCAUGCAAAAAUGUAUCGAGUGCCCGCGGAUUUUUAAGCAAGAAAUGGUUCACAAAGGGUGUAAUAUUUACAUCCUUUUUCAAUUUUGAUCUAAAUCGGAGUGCUAGUAAGAAAAAAAGGGGUUCAAAAAUGUCUAUUUUUAAGCCUUGUCAAAAAACGGUUCCCCCCCCCCCUUGUAAAUGACAAUGAACAGGGGCCGUCAGGGGGGGCUACAGAAAGAGGAAGGAUGAUAUUUUGCUAUCAUGUAAACAGAUUUUUAAGUGUUACUCUGCUUUCUGAAAUAUUUACCUAACAAAACUCCAAUUUUCAAGGAGAAAAUUGUCCCAAAAAAUGCAAUUUUUGGCCCAAACUUCCCCCCCGAUGCCCAGUGUAGGUUUUUGUUAGCAGUCAAACAAAUGCCACAGUGAGUAGUUUCAUCUGAAGUACUAACUACACACAAAGUAUGAGGGGAGGUUUUGUUUGACCAUUUCCAAUUUUGCCCAAUUCCAAGCGACAUUCGUUCUUAAUUUGCAUUUGUAAACAAAAAAACUUUUUUACCUGUUUUAUCGAUAAAUUCAAGUCAAAAAGACAAAGCUUUACCUGUUAAAACUUCCAAACCGAACUUUGUCACCUUCUUUGUGUAUUUCGGGAACAGCUUGCUUGAUUAGUUGUGAAAUCUCUUUGUUUGUUAUGUCGGCAAAACUGGAAGACAUUUUGCUCGCAACUUACGCGAGUUUGGCGUCGCUCGCUCGGAGGAACUGGAGGUGAAUAGUGCGGGAUAUUCACUGAUUGAGUAGCCAAUCAGAGCGCACGAAAAACACUAUCCACUGUUUUGGUAUAUACUAAACAUAUUUUAUGGUAUACCUGCAUGAUUCAAGCUGUAUGAAUAUUUUACCCUAUAUGUUUAGAUUUUGGUGCUAAUUUUCUAGCCUGCGAAAACAGCCGUCUCUCCUCGCUCCCUGUCACUAGGGAUAUUUCGCCAGAAGAGACGUAUGCACCUUAGCAACAGAAAUUCCAUACUGGUGACGUAAAAUCUGUCUGGAAUCUCACCCCUGGUCAGGAGCUCUGAUUGGUCACCAUAGUAGUAAAAUAUAUUUAAUAUAUUGCUUUAGCUAUUGUUUACAAAUGACAGACAAAAGACAAAAGGCUACAAAGGUUAAAAGUAGAUGCGAUGAAUCUAUAACAAAAGAGUCAAAAUUCCUGGAAUAUAUUCUUUUAGAAUAUGCUUUUGAAUUUUGUACAAGUGCAUUCGCAGAAGAACUCAAAACUUUCUUAAAAUCGACCAGGAGAAACUUAGAAUCAAACAAAUUUACUUUUUGAACCGUUUGACUACCGAGUUGAUUAUGUAACCAUUGAUGUACAUCAUCAGUAUAGAAUUUCUGUGGCUGAGGCGAAGACAUCUCUCCUGGCGAAACGUCCCUAGCGGCGAAGAGCAAAGAGAGAUGGCUGUUUUUGCAGGCUACUAAUUUUUUGUUAUUCUUUCAAGUCUAAUAAAUAGCUAAUGACGAUGUAUUUUUCUUUCAGAUCAACUUAUGAACCUCUCCUUUGCAGGCUGCGGCUUUCGUGGAGUUUAUCACCUUGGAGUAGCAACUUGUCUUACAUCUCAUGCACCUCAAUUUCUCAAGAACAUAACAGCUUUUGCAGGUGCCUUGGCAGGGUCACUUGUUGCCGCGGUGUUAGCAACAUCAGCCCCCUUAGGAAGGCUUUUUAUUUCAGUAACAAGUUUAAAAGAAAGGAAAAAUGUUAUCAUAUCCGAAUUUGAGUCAAAGGAAGACUAG